CGCGAUGCUGUGAUCAGCUUCAUAUCUCCUCCUUCAGACCUGUUGAAAUAUGCAGCAUGUUCCUCGUUUGUCAUUGUGUCAGCGGCUUUAAAGAUGAGAAGAAACGCAAUCCUUGGCUAACAACUUGCUCCUCCUCUGCGCGCACAGCUAACUCCUCCCCGAGCACGGUGACAGCAGCCAAUCAUAUCUCAUUCCGCUCCUUGAGGGUAAGAAAAAAAACCUCCAGGAGGCGGAAACUCGCUGCUGGCAGCAUAUAAACGCGUAAAGGUGGGAUUUUUGUAUCGAUGUUACCGCCUCUAAUCUUCGCUCUCUGACAGAGAAGAGAGCGCAGGGAACUUGAGGUGGAUUUGAGAGGCAGUCGUCAGGAAAGGAGCCCCCAAAAUUCCCCCACCUGAGUGAUCCUGAGGCCAGUACCCCAUGCUGCUGCCGCUGUCGCCAGUCAGAGCGCUGUCCGUCCGAUGUGGUGCUGAACCUGCGGCUGUUGACUUACACCUGGUCCAAGUGAGACUUUAGUAAAAACAAAGCUGGACUAAAGCUUUGCCCGUAUGGAUUAGAAAUAAGUAGAACCCCAGAAGAAACAGACAACACGGAGCAGAAGUGAUGGCUACACUCCCUCCCGCCUCGGCGCUGUGAGCACCGCUGCGCGCUGCCGCUUCCAACCCGGAACCCUGCAGAGCCUCCGUAGAUGAGGAGAGUGACCGAGGCUUCCCAUCAGUGAGGUGAAUGUUGAUGACACCAUUGAAAUGUUACCAAAAUCAAGAAGAGCGCUCACUAUUCAAGAGAUUGCUGCGUUGGCCCGAUCCUCCCUGCAUGGUAUUUCACAAGUAGUGAAGGACCAUGUGACGAAGCCUACAGCCAUGGCACAGGGCAGAGUGGCCCAUCUUAUAGAGUGGAAAGGCUGGUGCAAGCCUAUGGACACUCCAGCAGCCCUGGAGUCAGACUUCAACUCUUAUUCUGACCUCACGGAGGGAGAGCAAGAGGCACGCUUUGCUGCUGGUGUGGCGGAGCAGUUUGCCAUCGCUGAGGCAAAGCUGAGAGCCUGGUCCUCAGUGGAUGGCGACGAGUCAAAUGAUGACUCAUAUGAUGAAGAUUUUCUGCCUGCCAAUGAGCCCACCACACAGAGCACAGAUGUGCCAUCGUAUCCUCCCUACCUGAAGGACCUGAUCCACAGCCAGCUUUGCCAUCACCUGGGCCUGCGAGGGCCCUGCCCCGAGAGUGGCAGAGGAGCCGCAGAGGGCGGUGGCAGCAGAGAGCCCUCCCCCACAGCUGGCUCUCCGGAUACUCUGUGCUCCAGCCUUUGCAGCCUUGAUGAGCAUCACCCUCUACUGCGUGAGCUGGGGGGCCAGCGCUGCUCCCACUCCCACAGCAAUGCUGCCGAGCUUGCUGCAAAGAUCCUUUCUGCUCUACACGGAGGGGAGGAGCUGCUGGCCCGACUUCAGAGGGUGGGACAGAGCGGGCCUGGUGGACUGGGAGACUGUGGCUUCCACAGCCUGGGUGGCAGCGGACGGGGUGGCAGACCUUGCGGGGGUCAGGACUCUCCUUGCUACUCCAUGUCUUACUCUGAGACAUACCUCUCACCGGGUGAGGAUGGCGACACCCCCUGCAAGGACUAUGAGAGCACCAUGUGCCAGGUGGAGGCGGGGGGCAACAGGGUGGAGUAUCCACCUGACUAUGACCCACGCAGGAGGGUGUCUGACGUAGCGUCGUCUGGGGUGGUUUCCCUGGAUGAAGAGGACGAAGAGGAGGAGCUGGAGGAGCGGGCAGAGGAGCCAAACACCCAGUGACUCCUCUCCGCCUCAGUAACAAAUCCCUCCUUCAACCUGGAGCACUUACUCUUUUUUUUUUAACUAUUAUUUUUUUUUUACAUUUUCUUCCCGUCUCCAUGAAAACGUCCGAGAAGUUUGACUAAUACAGAAAUCAUCUGUCUUUGCCUUACUCACAGAAUUUCUCCUCCUCUUCUUCCACGUGUUGACUCUUCUUGGUUCGAAGGCGUCCAAACAAUCUCUUUCAUCGGUGUGAAAACUGCGAGCCGGACCCGUCAGAGCGGUCCAAGCUGCUGAUGCUCGCCGCUUUCUGCCCUGCAAACAGACACCAGGAAGACAGAACAAUUCAGUCCCAAACUCUGACUUAUCUUUGCAUGUUUUCCAAGCGCUGAAAUCGACGGGCUGACCUGGUCUGGAGCACGACUUGUAAACUCCCCAGCUUCUCCCUCAGAGAGAGAAGGGGGCAGGUUGACAUUGCAUCCUGACACCUGCCCUCACCUCCCCUCUUCCUCCUACUCCUGUGUUGCAAGAAACUAAAUAGCAUCCUUUUGGGCAUGGCUUGCUGAGUAUGCCAAACUAUUUAACCCUGUCACUGAUUAUUAUGAGUAAAUGCUGGAAUGUCUUUAAAGUGACAGGACAUAGUAUGUAUUUUAAAAUAAAGAGUAAAAAAAGGAUUUGUCACAGAUGAUAUGACAGAAAUGAUAUGCUUUUCUUGUACUAGUUUUCUAUCACUCCAACAUGGUGUCGUUAUUCCAGACGUCAUUAUGAUGGACAUGUGACAUAACGAUCAGCUGCAGCUGUUCUGUGGAUUCCUGCAGGGAAGACACCAGAAAAUAAAAACACAUGCAGAAUGUUUCUGAGUUGACCCUUCAGCGAUAGAUGUUGGGGCAGGAAGUGGCAGAAAAGAUUUUUUUUUCCUGUGAUGAGAUGAGUUGCAUUGGAGAUUUUCUAUAUUUUUGUAUGCAUUGUCUUGCUUUGAUCUCUUUGCCUAUGCGGCGUGCCAGUGUAUGUGGUUUUUUGCACGAAGCUAAUGUGGCUGUAGAUUUCUCCUUUUUCUUCAUUAUCACUGUGUGAUAUAGUCUACUUGGAAACAAAACAAGCAAACAAAAAAACAGUACAAAUGUGAACAAAAAAAGUUUUUUUUAUUUCAAAAGAUGGGACUGUGAUACGUUUGUUCUGAUGAUGCCAUUUGUCAUGAUCCUCAAGAAGACUUCUCGUUUUUCUUUACUUUACUUACAACUUCAUUCUUUCCUUUCAUACUGACUCUUGGAAAGCUUUGCUGUUUAAUCAAUAUUUUCCCUCCUUUUCUAUGAUGCUUGCAAAAAGGCAUGUCUAUCUGACACAUGCAGAAUCUCUCAUCUCCAUGGCGACAUGAGGAGCACUGUAGUGGUGCUCCCAGAGAGAGUUGUCAUUCAUGCAACUCAGGAAAUCCCAUUGGACCAGAGCGUCAAUGCAUCCCACCCACCCACAUGCAAACUACUCUAUCAGUGUCAUCCUCCAUGUCUAUUUGUGUGUGUGUGUGUGUGUGCGCGCGCAGUUAUUUUCUAAAAAUGAUGAAAGCACAGAUUCAUUCCCAACUCCUAUGCUGUUUGUUUAGAAAAGCCUCAAUGAGCAAGUUUGUAUUUUGACAUAUUGUGAAACUGUGGGUAUGUGUAUGUGUGUGUGUGUGUGUGUGUGUGUGUGUGUGUGUGUGUGUGUGUGUGUGUGUGUGUGUUGGGGUGUGAGUAGAUGUAUUGUAAGAUGUCAGCAAGUGCUUCAAGCUUGCAGUGUAUAUUUGUUCUAAAACUCGCCCGAUGCAGUGAUUCCCUUUAAUAUAGUGUCUGGUGUAGCUGAGCUUUUGUCAGAUGGUGACCCGUUCUGGAGAUUUCAGAACUUAAAUGUCCAGGAAAGUAACUGACUGAUAAAUGUGAAGCAAACACAAAUGAAUUAGUUCAGUUUAUUUACUUUCUAACCAGCAACUAAUGAUGACAAAAAAAUCCAGUUAAGGAGAGUUGGAAAAGACAACUCAGGGGGAACCAUUGAAGCUGUGCCUUUCAUAUGUUGACCUAUCAAUUUCAACCAUCAUCCUCCAUGGUGUCCCUAAGGCCAUAGCUCAGCUUUAUUCCCCUCCACCACUUUAGGUGAGGAAGGGCAGUCUGAACUGGACGGAUCAUCUGACACCCUGUUGCAUCUGAUGUGUGUUUUUGUUUGUGUUCCUGCUGAAGGGAGAGGCUACUGCAGGCCAGUUUGCGUCACCGUCCUUUUGGUUGACAUUAAAAGCUGGCAAGGCGAGGUUGUGCCUUUGUCCGGACAUCGUGACGUGAGCGUGCCAUUGUUCCCCGACUCCCCUUUUCCUCUACGUAUCAGCUCACCUUGACCACCACCAUGCAAGCCUUUUCUGUGUCUGUCCGUCUGAAAGUGUGUGUGAGAGAGAGAGAUGGCGGGCACCUUGGUGUGAUGCGAUUCUCAUUUACUCAGACCUCUACAAACCUGAGAAUUCAGACUUGUACUCUCCCUUUUAUCCUGAAUCUCUCGCUACAGUCCCUCUCUGGUGGUCUUUCUCAUAUUUUCAUCCUUCUCUGAGCAUUUAGUCUUCAGAAGUACAGAAAUGGAAGAUUUGUAGCUGAUUCAAACACAGACAGCGUGAUGAAUGUGUCCCCUCUCCAUCCUCCUAUCAGUGUCCUGUCAUUUCCUCCCACUUCUCUUUGUGUCUGUCCUUCAUUUCAUUCCCUCCCUCUUUACACACACACACACACACA